AUGGCUUCCACGGACCGUGAAGCACUGAUUGCUUUGUUUCGUUCGACCGGCGGGGCUGGAUGGCGGCGAAGAGACAAAUGGGACACAGAUGCUGUCCUAGCGACAUGGUAUGGAGUCGAAGUCGAUGCCCAAGGCCGCGUGGUCAGGCUGGACCUGGACUUGAACAAACUCCAAGGCAACAUCCCGCCAGAGCUAGGAGAUCUCCGACAGCUGCAGACGCUAUAUCUCAACGGCAACCGCCUGACAGGUUCCAUCCCGCCGGAGCUCGGAAACCUCACAGAGCUCAAGCAACUGUGGCUCCAGAGCAACGAGCUCACAGGUCCCAUCCCUGUGGAGCUUGGACGGCUCGCCGUACUGGAGUACCUCAGCCUUGGGGGGAACCAGCUAACUGGACCCAUCCCCAAGGAGCUGGGAGCACUUAGUAGGCUGGAGAACCUUUGGCUCCACCGCAACAACCUCACAGGUCCCAUUCCGCCGGCGCUGGGAAAGCUCGCAGCACUUCAAAAUCUGUACCUCUACGAGAACCAGCUAAGCGGACCCAUCCCCAAGGAGCUGGGAGCACUUAGUAGGCUGGAGAUUCUUUGGCUCGACGACAACAACCUCACAGGCCCCAUCCCGCGGGAGCUCGGGAACCUCGCAGCGCUGCGAGACCUCAACCUUAGCUACAACAAGCUGAGCGUGUUUCCUAGAUUGGUGGCGGAAGAACUUGCGGCUAGAAACGUGACCGUCACCACCAAAGACAACCCUUGGAAGGAGCCACCAGCGGAGGUGAUGGAGAGGGGCAUGGCCCAUGCGGCUGUUUUUCUCAGGGACUUGGAUGACUACGGCAGGGCAUGGUGCAACCGCCUGAAGGUUGUGUUGGUUGGAUUGGGCGAGGCAGGGAAGACCAGUAUUGCCACACGACUCGAAGACCGACUCGCAUCUAGCUGUCCGAAACCCGAGGAGCGCACCGUAGGCGUGGAGAUACGGGACAUGAAGCUAGGACCUGGCCCAACCAACGAAGGAAGCGGGCCGAAUGUCGAGCUAGACGUCAGCCUCUGGGAUUUUGCUGGGCAGAGAGCGUACUACGACACGCACCAGAUGUUCCUUACACCAGGCGCUCUCUUCGUUCUGGUUGUGGAUAUGUUCACGUAUGCGGAGGGGCAUUCACGGGAGGAUGCGCUCGAACAGUGGCUUGAUAUCCUGCAGGCCAGAGUCCCGGGUUCCGUUGUGCUGCUCGUGGGAACGCACACCGACUUAUUUGAAGACAAUGCAGCCGAGUGCACCGAGCGAACGGAUAGCUUCAAGAAAGAUGUGGAAGACGUCAUGACGCGCAUGCGCUGCCAAUGUGACUCAGCCAAGGACCGUACGGAAACAGAACUGGGAAAGGGACACCCGGACUUGGAAGGUAACCCCCGCUACCAACCCCUCCGCGUGGUGCUGGAGGAAGACUUGCUUGCCCUGGAUCUUACUUCCUCGGACGGACAAGAUAUUGACCUGCUUCAGCACCGUUUAGAGCACCUUGCCUACAACGGGUACGACGGCUACUCAUUCCCAUCCGUGGGGAGCGUCGUACCGGAACCUUAUUUGCCAGCCAUCGCAACGCUCGAAGCUGUUCGUAGGGGCGCGGAUUUACGUGGUUCGGACAGGACACGUGAAGCGGUGGCGCAAAGGCUUCGGGAGGGGGACCCCAAGAAACGUCGAAGCUUCGUCAGAUUCUCGGAGGUCCUGUUUAUUUUUGCGGAACUCCAAGAGGAAUCCCUUUUCUCGAUUUUGAAAAUGAAAACAUUUCGCCUAUUAGAUGAUGAACCACGGCGUAUAUUCCUCGCCGCUAUCAAGUCACACGAGGCUCACGGCGCGAUUCUUCUGACUGGGGUUGACGGGGGUGGCGGUUCGCAAGAGAAACAUAAUACGGGCAUUGGUGCUUCGGCAUCAGCAGCGGACCUCAUCAUCCACGUGAACCCGUCCCGGUUUGCUGAUCUGGUCCGCCGCGUGGUGGACGUUCGGUUGGUAGACCCGCAGCAGCAGGCAAAGGUGGUAGAAGCGAUGGAGGCAUGCCCGUCAGUAAGGCCGAUGCUAUUGACACUCACAGACCAGCACAAGAGGUUUGUCAAGGCGGGAGAGGUGAGCAGAGACUACCUCAAGUUUCUGUGGCUUCGAGAUAUGGAGUUGGGCCAGGCAAGCCUAGAGGCACCGCCUCUGGAGAUGAGCGAAGCAGACGUCGACGUGAUGGUGGGUAGCUUGCUUGACGUCCGCUUCAUGUAUCGAGUGCGAGAUGGUGACCACGCCUUCGUGCCGGACCGUUACGUUGUAGCAAGCUGUCUCCCGAACAAAGCUGGUCCAGACGUGGAUCCAAGGGAGAUUUUAGAACUGAAGACGGGAAGUGCGAUAUAUUCGCAGAAGCUGAAGCUUGUUGGGGCACAUUCUGUGCCCCCGGGGCUGGUGCCUCGGUUGCUGGCGUGGUGUGGGCGCGGGGAGGGGCGUAUCAAGGCGUGCUGGAAACGAGGCGUGUGUUUUGCGUUCAAGAACCACUUGGUAUUGCUGUACGAGGUUCGGGCAACUGAUGGAACAUCGUGGAUUGAGUGCCACGCGAGGGGAAAUGUGUUCGACGAGAGUGCGAGGACGGCUCUAAAAGACAUCGGCGACCAGGUUGACGAGCUGAUCAACGACCGCAAGUACGGAUUCCCCGGCCUGGGCCUCAUCCGUAGUGGAGAGUCGGAGGAGACACUAGUCUCUUCGGAUGGUGACCACAAGGCUUUGGUGGAGCGUAUCGUGAACGUCCUGAGGGAUCAGAUGAACGUCAAGUUCAUGAUGGAUAGAAGCAUGAGGCAGGACGUGGCCUUAAUACGGUGGCCGAUCCCCCGCCUGGUGUGCGUGCUCCCCGCCCCCGAGAGCGGGGCUAAGCCACUUGAGGAGAAAGACAGGUCAUUCGAGGAGUGGUCGGCCACCCUGCGGAACUGGUGCCUCGGCGGCAAGAGAAAGGGGAAGGGGUGCGGCCCCGGAGGGCAAGGCUACGAGGUGACGGAAUUGCUGAAAUGGGCGAAGAAAGCGAAGCCGUUUGCGAAGGUAGGUCUGGCCCUCGCCUCGAUCGUGUUCAAGGUGUGCACUGGCCUUGCCAUUCCUGAGGCGGACUUCGAGGCAACCCUUGGGACAAAAGCCGGCGGUGCCUUGUCCACGGUCGUCGAGGAUUCACUGAACUCGGGCGGCGAGUCUGUGGCGAGCAUCGCCGGGGAGAGACUGGACGGCGGUAGGGCGGAGGAGCUGCUCCAGGGUGCCGGAGCGCACAGAUACGGGGCACAACAGGGAUGGCCUUCUCCUGUGCAAGGUUUCACCUACGACACACUCAAGGAGGUUAUCAGGAGUUUCGAGGUGGAUGGAAUGCGGGGCAGGUCUCCCUUCCCGAGCUUCGACGUCAAGAUGCAUCUCGUGGACAGGGGUGGGCGAGGAGCAGAGUGGGCGUGGGUAAGGACCAAGAACAUUGACCAGUUCGUGAGUGCGUGA